GCGAGUGGAACUGGAUCGGGUUUGCUGCCAGCGGCGUGAGCUUCGGCCGCCAUUUUACAACAGCUCCACUCGCGCCGGACAUAGGGAGCAGCGAGCACGCGUUUCCCGCAACCCGAUCUCCUCGGACAGGAUUCCUCCGCCGCAGCCCAACGGGGAGAUCUCUGGAAACAUGGCUACAGAACAUGUUAAUGGAAAUGGUACUGAAGAGCCCAUGGAUACUACUUCUGCAGUUAUCCAUUCAGAAAAUUUUCAGACAUUACUUGAUGCUGGUUUACCACAGAAAGUUGCUGAAAAACUAGAUGAAAUUUACGUUGCAGGGCUGGUUGCACAUAGUGAUUUAGAUGAAAGAGCUAUCGAAGCUUUAAAAGAAUUCAAUGAAGACGGUGCAUUGGCAGUUCUUCAGCAGUUUAAAGACAGUGAUCUCUCUCAUGUUCAGAACAAAAGUGCCUUUUUAUGUGGAGUCAUGAAGACUUAUAGGCAGAGAGAAAAACAGGGGACCAAAGUAGCGGAUUCUAGCAAAGGACCAGAUGAGGCAAAAAUUAAGGCACUCUUGGAAAGAACAGGCUACACACUUGAUGUAACCACUGGACAGAGGAAGUAUGGGGGACCACCUCCAGAUUCCGUUUAUUCAGGUCAGCAGCCUUCUGUUGGCACUGAGGUAAAGAAACUAAAAACUUGUACCUUUUGUAGUAAAUGCACAUGUGUCUGGUUUCCUAAAGAAACUCUCCAUGGUUUUUACUUCAUAUUUAAUUUACAGAUAUUUGUGGGGAAGAUCCCAAGAGAUCUGUUUGAGGACGAACUUGUUCCAUUAUUUGAGAAAGCUGGACCUAUAUGGGAUCUUCGUCUAAUGAUGGAUCCACUCACAGGUCUCAAUAGAGGUUAUGCGUUUGUCACUUUUUGUACAAAAGAAGCAGCUCAGGAGGCUGUUAAACUGUAUAAUAAUCAUGAAAUUCGUUCUGGAAAACACAUUGGUGUCUGCAUCUCGGUUGCCAACAAUAGGCUUUUUGUGGGCUCUAUUCCUAAGAGUAAAACCAAGGAACAGAUUCUUGAAGAAUUUAGCAAAGUAACAGAGGGUCUUACAGACGUCAUUUUAUACCACCAACCAGACGACAAGAAAAAAAACAGAGGUUUUUGCUUCCUCGAAUAUGAAGAUCACAAAACAGCUGCUCAGGCAAGGCGUAGAUUAAUGAGUGGUAAAGUCAAGGUUUGGGGAAAUGUUGGAACUGUUGAAUGGGCUGAUCCCAUAGAAGAUCCUGAUCCCGAGGUUAUGGCAAAGGUAAAAGUGCUGUUUGUACGCAACCUUGCCAAUACUGUAACAGAAGAGAUUUUAGAAAAGGCGUUUAGUCAGUUUGGGAAACUGGAACGAGUGAAGAAACUAAAAGAUUAUGCUUUCAUUCAUUUUGAUGAGCGAGAUGGUGCUGUCAAGGCUAUGGAAGAAAUGAAUGGCAAGGACUUGGAGGGAGAAAAUAUUGAAAUUGUUUUUGCUAAGCCACCAGAUCAAAAAAGGAAAGAAAGAAAAGCUCAGAGGCAAGCAGCAAAGAAUCAAAUGUAUGAUGAUUACUACUAUUAUGGUCCGCCUCAUAUGCCCCCUCCAACAAGAGGUCGAGGGCGUGGAGGUAGAGGUGGCUAUGGAUAUCCUCCAGAUUAUUAUGGAUAUGAAGAUUAUUAUGAUUAUUAUGGCUAUGAUUACCAUAACUAUCGUGGUGGAUAUGAAGAUCCAUACUAUGGUUAUGAAGAUUUUCAAGUUGGAGCUAGAGGAAGGGGUGGUAGAGGAGCAAGGGGUGCUGCUCCAUCCAGAGGUCGUGGGGCUGCUCCUCCCCGAGGUAGAGCCGGUUAUUCACAGAGAGGAGGUCCUGGAUCAGCAAGAGGCGUUCGUGGUGCGAGAGGAGGUGCCCAACAACAAAGAGGCCGCGGGCAGGGAAAAGGGGUCGAGGCCGGUCCUGACCUGUUACAAUGAAGACUGACUUGCUAUGUGGGAUUACACCAGAAGCUUGCAGUGGAGUAAUGGUAAGGAAAUCAAGCAACUUUAAAUAUCUCGGCUGUAUAGGAGCAUAUUCUAUUGCAGAAGACCUUCCAAUGAAGAUCAUGGAAUCAAAUACAGGACAUUGAACUAAUACUUGGACUUUGAUAUGAAUUUCUUUAACAAUUUUCUCUGCAGUGCAAGUUAUUAAACUAAAGCUACUCUAUUUUCCAAAUGUGUUCCAACAGAAAUUCUUCAUAACUUCUAGCAUGGUAUCUUAAUAAAGAAUAAAGUUCUUCUCUUUAAAAAAUCUGCUCUAAGUAGAUUUUUCCCCUGUUUUUUUAAAUUAAGGAUCCCAGCAGUGGUUUUCUGAAAUAUUCUCUUGAAUUUGUGCAUUUAAAUUUUAUUGCAGUGGUAUAGAUGAAUGCCAUUGUUGGUAUCCUUAAAUUUUAUUUCUGCUCACCAAGGUUAAUCAUGAUUGUCUAUAUCUUUUUUAUGGUAAUCACUUUUGAAUUGUGUUCAGAUAUGCAGUUUCAGGUGUAAUCAUCAGAGCUGGUUAGUCAGGCAUUCCAGAUAGUGGUUCUUUUCAGAACCUUUUUUAAAGGGUUGGUUAACUACCUCAGUAGCAGAGGAUUGAACUAUACCCUGUCUGUACUGUACAUAGAAAAUCUUUGUAGAUAAAAGCAAGGCUUGUUAAAUGAUAUGAGGGUAAGAUUUUAAUAUACCAAAUGUAACAUUCUUAGUUGCCUUUAGUUUCAGAGGCUUGUAAGACUUCCUCAUGACCAUCAUAACAGGCCUUGCUUUUGUCGUAUUUUGUGGCUGAAAAAGCAGCCUUGCUUCUUCAGAUAUUGUAGUUAUUUGGAUGUAUAAUAGUUUAGCAAGAUGUUACUUUUGUAAGACAUCAGAUGUUCAAAAAAAGUGCAUCCGAACUUGUACUAAAUACUGCAGUGUCCCUUUAUAAAAGUCAGACUAAAACUGACAGUUGUACAGUGAAGCCUGACAUUUGGAUAUUUUGAAGUUUUUUCAUAAAUCAUAGAGAUUAGUAUAUGGUUGUAGUUUAGCUUUUUAGGUAAAAGGUAUGUUUCAUUAGUGCAUUUCUUAUUGCUGAUCACUACAAAAAUGUGAAUCAGCUUUCCAUUUCUUACACAGGUCAUGAUAACUUGUAGAGUAGAGUACAAUCAUUUGUGCUAUGUUUUUAAUUUUCUAAAGCACCUUGAUGACAGUGAGUGUUCAGUGGUGAAGCAUCCUCUAUUGAAUCACCCUCAAAAAGUUUUUCUGCCAAGUUCUAAAUUGAUAGCUUAAAGUCAAAAGUGAAAUUAUAGUUUAAUUAAGACUUGGUAUAAAGAAAUCCCUUUCCCCCUUCCCCAAAGGGAUACUGCAGUUAUAUCACAUACCCAAUAGGCACCACGAUGAAGAUCAGAGCUUAUACUUAAGGUUUUAUACACACCAGUUCCCCCAGUAAAUGCAAAUUUAACAAGAAAAUUAGACGUGUCAUAUGUUCAAAAUGCUCAUGGCAAACAAUCAUUUUGCAUUCCUGCAAAUAAAAUUGUUUUAUACUGUAAGCUGGAGGCGAGUGUAACUUAUUUUUGUAAUAAAGUUUUUAUUUUUUUUAUGUGUCAUUAAUAUAAAUGUGUGUUAGUAUAGAAAUAUUCUGGUUUAAAAACUUAGAAUUGCACACAUUUCAGUAUGUUUAUUUGUACUUACAUAAUUUUAGAAUAGUGGUUGCCAAUAGCCUGUAUGUUUUACAUUAAUUGGUUUUUUUUAUGUUAUCUUAAUAAACCAUUUUAGUAUGUUGUAUGUCAGUUACUGGGAUAGCUGGGACAUAGAGUGUAAUUUAAAAUUUGUCAAUAAGUAUUCAUUGGAAUAUAUGUAAAUGUGCCUUGCCGGUUAUUGAAACUUACCUAAUGAGUAUGGGGUGACAAAAAUUAGUUCCUGGUGCUUAACGAAACUUUCUGCCACUGAUUUUAUAUAUUACCCCGUGCUUUUUUAAAGUACAUCUCUCUCAAAUCUUAGUGUAAGUUUGAGGGCUACACAAAACAUUUACAUUUCAUUCUGACAUAUAAUGAGUAUAAUAGGUUGUGGAAUAUGGGUAAACUCAAUGUAGCCUUCAGUAAAAUUGAAUCUCAGUGUAAUCCUUGGUGCUGGCAUUUCCCAGUUCCAAGGAAUUAUGAUCCCAUUAAAGAGGUCAUUGCCAUGCCUAUUGGCACUUUACUGUCAUACCCUUUUUAAGGGACACUGUCAAGGUGUUUAAGUUAAUUCUCAGAAUUAUUUGUUGGGAUUUUAGGACGGGUUUGUUUGGCUUAAGUAAGAACUGCAUUGUCAAGUUGAAAGAUGAACAUUUUUGUGAGUUCACAAAUGUGUUCUUAAAAAAAACAUUAAAAUACGGAGCUGUGGGUUUCUAAGACUAUUUGGCAUUCUUAGUUUUGGGAUUUGGGAGGGAAAACUGAUAAUUGUGAAGAAUUGAUGGGUAAUGUAAACAGUGGUGAUGAAAUGUACACACUCAAGUGAAAUUACUUGACAGUGUUCAUUUGAAUAACUUUGAAUUCAAGCCAUUAUAAUUUAAAAAUUAAAUAUCAUUUGCACUGUUCUGAUAAUGGGUGCAGUUUUUGAGCAAUAUAAUCAGAGCUAAAUAUGCAUGUAGUGAUUAGUGAUGUGAACAAUUAAGUUCUGAGAAGAAAUACUAACUGGUAUUUUCAAAUUUAAAUUUCUGUAGUAAAAUCAGUAUCAAACUUAUCAGAAAUCAAGGAAAACAGGCAAUGCAUAUAAACAUACUUUUGAAUGUUGUGUGGCCUAUAAAGCAAUAAUGCAAUUUAUAUGGAAUGUCAUGGGAUAUGAGAAAUGGAAAUGCAAAAAUAACUAAUCCUUUAGUAAAAAUGUCAACAUGUUAAAAGGGGAAUGUUAACUAAUGUAGGUUAUUGCUAUUUGUGAUUUGUUUAUGGGUUCUUGGCUUUGACAGCUUCAAAGAAUGGACAGAUAAGUUAAAGAAAUUUUGUACAUAUUGUCAAGGAAGGGGCCUUAAUUCCAAUAGUCAAGUCCCUUCCUUGGGGUGAAAAAUGUAUCCUUAAAACAUUCUGAUUGUUAAAAAAGAAAAGAACUAACCAAAACAGACGCAAGAUUUUGUUUCUGCAGACUACUUGGCAAUCAAAAGUGAUCAUUAAUCAGUUUUCAGAAAGUUGCUUUGUGAGAAAAUUGUGUUGAAUAUAUUCUCCCAGACAUAACUUUUUGUGGAAGAUUUUCAGCCAUUGCAGCUGAAUCAGAUGUUAGAAAUGAAGGAGGGAUUGAGCACAAAAAGCGGUUGCACACUCAUGAUGGCAGUUGUUACAUCAUGAGAAAUUUACAAAUAACUGCAAGUCUGAUUUAACAAAAUAUAUUUUCCUCAUAAAAUAUGAACAACAAAUGGAUUGAUAGGGUGAUCUUGGGUAUUCACUUGUAUAUAAGAUAUUUGAAAAGACUUAUUUAAUAUUAAGGUGAACAUCACGCUAGGUGGGCAAAAUUGUCACAUUCAGGACAGCUUUUUUGACUGCUAAGCCAAAAGUCACUGUUGAUCAGAAAUAGCAAAAGAUCACCUUGUUACAGAGUAUGGGAUGUAGUCUCUAAGGGGAGAAAUAAAAUAGUAGAAGGACUUCAUGUAUUUAGGAGAGGGAGAUAACCCUAGAGUACAUGAUUGCUCAGGUUCCUAAAACUUCCAAGAAUACCCACCAUGACCAUUUUCUCCCCAAUGAUGUAUAUUAUAAAAUUUUUAUCUGACUAGGAAUUCAGUGGCGGGUAUAAAA